AUGUCGCGAACGCGCAAGCGGAUCGAGGAUGAUGAGGAGGAGGCUAUCGACGACUCAGGCGAUACUUCGAGCUCAAAGGUGCGUGCUGCACCAUCUCCGGGCGUAUUCACGGCAGCUUCCUCUGACUCGUCACAACAGAACAAGAGGAAGCGCCGAGAACCGCUGUCCUCCAUAGGAAAUGGACACUUGGAAUCUGCUUCACCUGAUGAGGCCGCUAUCAAGUCUGAUGAAGACGAUGAAGAGCAUGAUCAGUUGGAGCCCGCUGCGCCAGCACCAUCUUCCGGCAAGCCCAAAGCCAAAGGCCGAGAGCAGACGGAGGAAGCGUCACAUAGCGAUGUAGCAUCAAAUGCCAACCGCAGCGCAUCUUUCGACGAGGAAGAGGAGGAAGGAUUUGAGGAAGGGGGCGACGAUGAUGAAGAAGACGAUGACGAGGGCAGCGAGGAUGAUGUGCACCUUCGUUCAGCUCAAAACCAGCAGGCAUCUCAUGGCAAGGUGCGUGUAUGCUCUGCACACUUAGCCGAAUUCAGCUCGCAGUGCUAAAUAGCUCCUCUCAAACCCAUCGGUGGAACCUGCGAAGAAUGUGGCUGAGAUGGGCGUCAUCGAGAAGGUAGAGCUCACAAAUUUCAUGUGCCACAAUCGCCUCACUGUGUCGCUGGGCCCACAGACCAACUUCAUCAUUGGUCAUAACGGAAGUGAGUGGAAGAUGCUCACGCGGCACACGUCCACAGCCCUUACCAACCAAGCAAAAUUCCUGUCGCUCAUAGGCGGCAAGAGCGCCAUCUUGACGGGCAUCACCAUCGCGCUUGGAGGCAACGCAUCCUCGACUGAUAGGGGCAAGAGCCUCAAGAGCUUCGUCAAGGAGGGCAAGACUGGCGCCAUCGUGGAGUUGACGCUGAAAAACACAGGGAGCGAAGCCUUCAAGCCGGAGGAGUACGGCAGAUCAAUCAUCAUUGAGCGUCGCAUCAACGCUGAUGGAGGUGGCGGCUGGAAGAUCAAAAGCGCAAAAGGUCGUGUCGUCAGCACCAAGCGCGACGAGCUCAAUGCCCUAUGCGACCACGCCAAUAUUCAAGUGGACAAUCCUCUCAAUGUGCUCAGUCAGGACCAGGCUAGACAGUUCCUCUCAGACUCCCGCACCUCGGAAAAAUACCACGUGAGUUGAUGACCAAGUGAGGUGGAGGAGCGUCUCGCAUGUCCAACUGACCUGCUUUCAUUCAACGAGCUGCCCAGUUCUUUCUUCGAGGAACCCAGCUCACGCAGCUAGCUCACGAGUACUCUGUCAUUCAGUCUAAUAUCGAGAAGAUCGCUGUCGUGGUCAAGCAGAAAGAGGAAGUAGUACCCGACCUUGAGAAUGCCGCUGCUGAAGCGAUCGCCCGCUAUGAGGCUGUGAAGAAGCAGCGCGAGCAGCACGCACGUUUAUCAGAGAUCAAAGACUUGAUUGUCUGGGCGAAAGUGGCGGAGAAGGAGAGGGUGAGCGAGAUUCGGUCCCAACCUACGCAGCGCGCCAUGUUGUGAUCGCUAAUGGCGUCGCGACAUGUAAACGCACAGCGCCUCGAGCAAGCUGUGCAUGCUUUGAUAGACGGCGAGAAGAGGCUGGGCAAGCAAGAAGCUAAGUUGCAAGAGGCACAGGUGAGUGGUCAAGCAGCAGAUGGUCCUGCCCCUAAGGCGCGAUGCUAAGACCGCUUCCAUCUUCAGAAUGCCCUCGAGCAAGCGAACAAUGAGAUCAAUGAGUUGGAGGCCCUUUUGAACGAGGACAAGGACCGGGAAGCUCCUCUCGUUGAGCAAGUGAAGCGGUUGCGCGAGCAAAUGAAAUCACAUAGGGCGGAUAUGAAGGGCGUUAAAGUGAGCCUCUUGGACGCUGCAGAUUGCCUGGCGGUCGCUCAGACGAACACUCUCCACCUUCAAACAGGCUCUAGAGCAGCAGCUGAAUGACCAAUUCAGCAGGCAGACGGCUGUGAUUGAAGAUCUGCAGGUUCGCAUUGAGCGCGAGGCUCAACGCAUGUCUGAUGGCAAUCGUGCUAAGCGAAAAGAGCUCGCACACACCUUGCAAGAAGCCGAGGAUGGUCGAAAGGAAACGGAAAGGCGACAGGUCGAGCUGAACGACGAGCUGCGCCAAUUGCAACAGACUAUUGGAGCUGCAGCGCAGCGGGAAACAGAGGCGAAGGGCCGCCAGGACACCCUGCGACGGCAAGUAGAUGAGGCUGCCUAUUUGUGCCAAAGGCUUGGACAGGCCCGUGGCAACCGCAUGGUAGCAUACGGCGCCAAUGUCCCGGCAUUGGUACGCGCCAUUGAGGCCGAGAAAAGAUGGCGUGUCAGACCCGUCGGUCCAAUCGGACUGCACCUCAAGCUCAAAGACAUGUCCUGGGCUCCCGUACUUGAAAGCGUCAUCGGCAAUACACUGAAUGCCUUCUGUGUCACCAACCACGCCGAUCGUCAACUCUUGGAGCAAAUCAAGCAGCGAACAGGCAAGUGAGUCAAGUAGCGCGUGUGACCUCCCGCUUACGAAUUGCUGACAUCAUUCAAAUACAGCGCAACCAUUCCGACCCUGACCAUGAGGGACACUGCGAUUGACUUCUCGUCGGGAGAGUCAGACCCAGACGUCCGCACAAUUCUGCGCGUGCUCGAUGUGAGUAUUGAUCACGUCCGCUGACAGCAGGCACGCUCAACGUAGCUCCUUUUUUGACCCACAGAUCGACAAUGACUUUGUCUUGCAUCAGCUUGUAAACGCUGUCCACAUCGAGAGGAGCGCUCUGGUAGAGCGCCGUGUUGAUGGUGAUGCUUUGAUGCGAAGCGGCAAACGAAACGUGCACGUGUGCUUCUCGAAAGACAUGUUCCGAAUUUCAGGCGGUCAGAAAGGGUCGUCCACACAGACACUUAAUGCUCACACUGGUCCAAUGCGCCUUUCGGCCAAUGUUGAAGCCCAGCUCAGCAUCGCCAAGAAGAAGCAAGAUGAAGUUGAUCAGCAGCUGCAACAAGCAAAUGCAGAGUUGCGCACCGCUGUCGACGAAUCGAAGAAGUUGGAAGCUAGACGAGUCGCUAUUAAGCGCGAAAUACCAACACUGGCCAAACAGGCGCGAAAGCACGCAGAAGACGAGCAGCGCAUCAGUGAUCAGAUGCGAGAAGAUCAACCCAGCAGCGUUGCUGCGCUCGAGCAAGCAAAAGAGGUAAGUCUUGAAUAAAAAGCUCUUCGAACUCGGGGCAAGUCCUUCUGACGAGGUUCCACGAUUUCUGAAUGCUCAAACAGGAAGCCAAAGAACAGCUGGAAAACAUUAAGCAGGAAUUCUCUUCGGUACAGGUCCGCAAAGAGGCGAUCGAAGGACAAUUGCAACCUCUUGAAGAAGAAAUGGACGCUGCAAAGAGCAAGCUCGAAGAGUUCGAGGAGGAGCGCCGCUCAACCAUGCCACGCAUGACUGCAACUGUGCAGGGCCGCGUGGCGGCUCAGAAGAACAUGCAUCACUGGGAGAAGGAGAUCCGCGCCCAGAAAGGAAACAAUGAGCGAUUGAGCGAAGCUAGCUUGCAGGUCCAAGAGCAAGUCGACGUGUUGACCGCACAGGCUUCUGAAGUCGCCCCAGACCGUCCUGAAAUAGAGCUAACGGCGGAUGAGUACAUACGUCAAGCGGAUGCGUUGGAGAAGAACCUGGAGCGGGCUCGAAGAGAGACCGGUCACAGCGUCGAGUCAGUCAUUGCGGAUGUGAAUGCUGCGAAGCGCGCGCUCGAGAGCGCGCAAAGUGAGCUGGCCGACUUCAAGCUUGCCGUCAAGGUGAGGAUCCAAGUUCCGUGAAAGGUGGGCUCGAUUGUCUCUGAUCCCCUCCAUGUAUACGAGCAGAAUUUGAGUGCCGCGAUCACGUUGCGCCAAGAGACGUGGACGUCGUUUCGGAGAAGCAUCGCAUCGAGAGCCAGAGGUCUCUUCACCCACCAUCUGGCCAUGCGGGGCUACACUGGCUCUCUCGACUUCGACCAUAAGGGCGAGAAACUUCAUCUCUUGGUUAGUGCUGCUACCUGACAGUCAGCGGCGGGCCGUACUGAUCCACUUCCGUCCUGUGCCUUCAGGUACAAACUGAGGACUCGACGCAGAAGCGAGAUAAGGACCCGAAGUCCCUUUCUGGAGGCGAGAAGUCCUUCUCCACGAUUUGCCUCCUGCUCUCGCUUUGGGAAGCGAUUGGCUGCCCUAUCCGAUGCCUGGACGAGUUUGAUGUGUUCAUGGAUGCCGUCAACAGAAAAAUUUCGAUGAAGAUGCUGGUCAGUGAUCUGGUGUGCACGACUUUUGAAGUUCACACGCCUGAACUCGUCAUGUCUUCUCUUCCAUCUCAUAGAUCGAUGCCGCAAAAUCCACUCAGGGCGUUCAGUAUAUCCUCAUUUCGCCACAAAGCAUGGCGAGCGUCACCCUCGGAGAAUCGACUCGAGUCAUCAAGGUGUGUUAUUGCAGCUCAGUCAAACCGCAUCCGUACGUCAAAGCGCUUACUGGUCUCUUUAUGGCCCUCGAAUACAGCUGCAAGACCCAGAGCGUAACCAGACGACUCUCACAUAG